UCCCCUAAUUACGGUGGUAGGGGGGGAAAAAAACAGAAAUCUAGGUUAAUUUUGACCCCGUCACCUCCCCUCUAUUUAAACAACCGAACCAACUGAGUUUCUUUUCCACACCAACUCUUCGUCUCUUCCUUUACUUCGUCUUCUCUCACUCUCCGGUCUUCCCUCCAGUUCUCCGGUCAGCCAUGGCUUCCCUCAACGAUCUCGUCAACCUCAAUCUCUCCGAUACCACCGAGAAGAUCAUCGCCGAGUACAUCUGGGUUGGUGGAUCUGGUAUGGACCUGAGGAGCAAAGCCAGGACUCUGCCCAAGCCAGUGACCAAACCGUCUGAGCUACCAAAGUGGAACUACGACGGCAGCUCCACCAACCAAGCUCCCGGCGAUGACAGCGAAGUCAUCCUCUAUCCACAAGCGAUCUUCAAGGAUCCCUUCAGAAAGGGAAACAACAUCCUGGUCAUGUGCGAUACUUAUACCCCGGCCGGCGAGCCAAUCCCAACAAACAAGAGGGCCGCUGCUGCCAAGAUCUUCAGCCACCCCGACGUUGAAGCCGAGGUCCCAUGGUACGGGAUCGAGCAGGAGUACACCCUUCUGACCAGGAGCAACUGGCCUCUUGGCUGGCCGGCCGGCGGGUUCCCUGGACCCCAGAAAGUCCAUACUCUAAAUUUUCGACUUGUUUUUCCGUGUAAUAGGGACCUUACUACUGUGGAAUUGGAGCUGACAAGGCAUUCGGAAGGGACAUCGUUGACUCUCACUACAAGGCCUGCUUGUACGCCGGGAAUCAACAUCAGUGGGAUCAACGGCGAGGUCAUGCCCGGGCAGUGGGAGUUCCAGGUUGGACCUUCUGUUGGCAUUUCUGCUGGUGAUGAGGUGUGGGUCGCUCGUUACAUCCUCGAGAGGAUUACUGAAGUCGCUGGAGUAGUUGUCAGCUUUGACCCUAACCAUUCCUGUAGUGUCCUCGGUGACUGGAACGGUGCUGGUGCUCACACUAACUACAGCACCAAGUCGAUGAGGGAAGACGGUGGGAUUGAUGUGAUCAAGGCAGCGAUCAAGAAGUUGGAAGCCCGCCACAGCGAGCACAUCGCUGCUUAUGGCGAGGGUAACGAGAGACGAUUGACUGGCCACCAUGAGACCGCCAACAUCAACAAAUUCACCUGGGGUGUGGCUAACAGGGGAGCCUCCGUUCGUAUUGGUCGCGACACCGAGAAGGAUGGAAAGGGUUACUUCGAGGACAGAAGGCCGGCCUCCAACAUGAUCCCUACGUCGUCACAUCCAUGAUCGCCGAGACCACCAUUCUGUUGGACCUUUGAAAAGAACACUGAUGAACUUAAGGAGAAGAGGAAGAGCAGAAAGGGCAUGUUUUUACAUUUGGUAUAUUUGUUUCUAAAAUUGACGAAUGAAAAACAAACUGCUCUCUGCUACUGAUAUUUGCUCCUUUGCAUGCGCUUUCCUCUAUGUUGUACGAUGAUUGUCUCUAUGGUUUGGUUGAUCAUUUUUCUGAUUUCGAGUCGGGUCGGGUGGUCAGCUUUAGUAUCCUGGUUUGGUUUUCGUCAGCUGAUUGUUUUCGAGUUGUUCUGUUCUGCUUUUCAGCAAGCAACCUUUGUCUAUUUCUCCAAUAAUAAGAAUCAGCUUGUUUUCUUUCCUAAACACCUCAUUGUCGACGUCAUAUUAUUCGUGAAAUGAGAUCAA